AUGAAAAAGCAACAAGAAGACCAAGCUUAUUACAGACUUACCCAUCUUUCGGAAGAACAGCGCAUCUUUUUUGAAGAAAUCGCUUCCUUACUUCAUCCAGAAGCAGUCGCAGGCACAACCACCACCACUGCAGCACCAUCAGAAAUCGCAGCAGUAAAAGAAGAAGAAAAGAAAGAAGAAAAGAAAGAAGAAAAGAACGACGAAAAAGAAGAAGAAAAGAAAGAAGAAAAGGAAGAAGAAAAGGAAGAAAAGCAGCCGCAGCAGCAGCAACAGAAGCAGCAGCAGCAACAGCAUCCACCGCAAGGAGAGGCAUCGUUUCUGGAUCCUUCUCCUCCACCACCAAAACGUGGCAUUGUUGACUUUUUUAAAACCUUGUUCAAGGACGAAAGAAAUAUGUUGAAGCAUAUGGUGAAUCAUCCAGGCUCAUCCAAAACCACCUUCUUAAAUAUCAUCAAGACUUACGAGAAACAAGUAAAGGUCAGCAUUGACAACACUUCGAAGGGUCCUCCACAUGCUCCUAUCUUUUAUGCCGAGCUUACUUUACAAUCCAAAAAGUAUGCCAAUGUCUUUAUACGUACGAAGGGUAUGGCUCAUAAAAAGAAGGAAGCUGAAGUCGAGGCCUUUCAUCGGCUUGUAUGUUCGUUGGUUUAA